AUGAGAAGUAUCGUGUUAACAGUUUUGGCUUUCGCCCUCAUCUUCGCUGCUGUUAGUGCCCAUCACUAUCCGAUUGCCGAGGAGGAGGAAGGCUACGAACCCUUCCUGCCCUUCAUUGCCGGCGGUACGAAUGCCGUGAACGGACAGUUUCCAUCGAUCGUGGCCGUCGGUUUACCGGCACCGCCCAACAAUGCGUUCUGCGGUGGCGUUAUACUGAACGAAAACCAUGUCCUCACGUCGGCACGCUGCGUACUGACGCCCCAGCACACACUGCUCUUCACGAACCAGCUCAACAUCCUGUCCGGCAUGUUGCAGCUUAACUUCGGUGCACCGCGCAUCGGCAUUAGUGCCGUCUACGUCCAUCCGCAGUACAACCCGUUCACAUACGAGCACAACAUAGCAGUGCUGCGCACGAGCUCGAACUUUUUCCCCCCGGUGGUGCCCGUACCGAACUUGGACUUUGCGCUCUUCUACGAGGAAAUCCCGUUCGACGGUCAGGCAUGUCAGGUGGUGGGCUGGAACAACGGAACGGCCACUCCGAUGCAGCAGUUCAUCAAUGCGCCCAUCCUGAACCGUGACACCUGUAACGGGCUGGCGGUACAUUUGGGCAACAUUCGCGAGUCGAUGGUAUGUGCCGGUGGAACUAACGCCGGUCCAGGCGUUUGUGCCUCGAACCUCGGAACGGGAUUGUUCUGCGAUGGGCGGCUCGCCGGUAUCCUAUCGACGGGGCUGGGCUGUGGACAGGCAAACAAUCCCGGUGUGUAUGCACAGAUUCGUUUCUAUCUGCCCUGGAUACGGGAACAGUUCUCGCGGCAAGACAUUCCGCUCGGUGGUACAUCGCCCAUUCCGGUGAUGUGA